AUGAGAAUUCGUGUGAAUCAAAUUAGCCAAGAGAAGCUUGAUAAUCGAGUAAAAGUCAUGUUGGAAGAUGCACAUGUGUUAGAACACUCAAGAGCACAAUUCCUUCAUGAUUUAUGUAAAGAAAUUGACGAAUCUCCAAAUCCAAAAUUUACUCCUGUAAAGCCUCAUGUUAAAAAUUUCAAAAAAGAUUCAUGGAUAAUUGCAAUGCAGAUAGUUUCAAAGUAUCUUCAAGCUCUUAAACUUGAUAUCACAAAAGAUACUUUCGAUAUCGAAACAAAGAAACAGAUAACACCUACAUUUUAUACGCAUGGAAUGAUUCCUGUCAAAAUAGAUGAAAACGCAAUUCGAGAACUCAUAAAUCUUAAAAUGAAUCCUCCUGAAGAAAAUCAAACUCAGGAUCAAGUAGAAGAGGAGCCAUUUUAG